AUGGACGAACACCACCGCAAACUCCUCGAAGCCGCUAACGAAGGCUGUCUACUGCGCCAACUACCAGCAGAACUGCGCAACGAAACCUACUACCUCGUACUUCCGACCAACACUGUGAUCGACACACGAGGCGUGAAGACCUACGAGAAGCCAGACCCGGAAUACCUAGACUGUCGGCAUGUCGAGGCUAAAGAGGGCUUCAGUGAGCCCUAUUGGAACCAGGUUGGCAUAACUCAAGCAUGUCGCGCACUCCGCGGUGAGAGUUUGGGCAUCUAUUAUGGCACCAACACGUUCGUCGUCCACAUUGGGUUCCAGGGAGGGUACACAACUUCAUGGCAGCUUGACGAGGCGAAGUACUGGAUCCGGAGUCGACCACAAUUGGGCAUGGCCGCGUUGCAAGAGGUUGUCCUGAGUGUGCCGCGUGUCAACAGGCAUGGACCGCGCGACAUGAGGCACGAUCCGUUGGAAAACGAAUGCUGCAACAGCCCGAUUCGUGUGAGCAUCAGCGCCUGGAGCGCAGAGCGGAACCGCUAUCAAAACACGUGCGAUGACUGCAUGAUCGGGUACAGCGAAGACUGUAGCAAGUACUUCGAAGGCGCGAGAGGUUCCGAGGCAGACAAGCUCAUGCAGUUCAUCUCAGCUCUAAAGGCGGAUGUAGGUGCCGUAGAUUCUAGCACAUCGCGAUAG